GGGAGCGGGGAGCCGGUGCCCCGGGGCUGUGGCCGCCUUCCCCUCCGUUCCUCCUGCUGCGGGGUGCCAGAAAAAAAUAGACAAAAUGGAGCACGUGUUACUGCUAUUCGUAUUUUUCAUACCUAUGUUGAGUCUCACUAAUGGAACAGAAACAGAACAAGAUUUUACUUGGCACUUAAAGAAGAUUCCCCAGAUUGUGAGCGAAAGAACUUUCUCCCUUGACAGACCUAAAUUUGAAGCAAAAACCAAAUUAGAGCUGAACAGUGUAUGUGGAAUUGAAUGUCAAAGAAAAUUGCCGGUGCCAAGCUUGUCUGACUUGAAGGACCUCUUAUCCUAUGAGACCAUUUUUGAAAAUGGCACACGAACCCUGACUGAAGUCAGUGUCCUCGGACCAGUGCUUGACCCAGUGGGAAACACAACCACGCACAGGUCUUUGAGAAGGAAGAGGCAGAUUUAUGGAACAGACAGUAGGUUCAGCAUCUACGACAAGCGGUUUAUGACCAACUUUCCGUUCAACACGGCUGUGAAGAUCUCCACGGGCUGCAGUGGUGUUCUCAUUUCCCCCAAGCACGUGCUAACAGCUGCCCACUGUCUGCACGAUGGCAAGGAUUAUGUUAAGGGCAGCAAAAGGCUGAGGGUGGGCCUGAUGAAGACAAAAUCCAGAGGUGGUGGCAGGAAACGCAAAGGUGCUAAAAGAAGUAGGAGAGAAAUUUCUGCUGCCAAGGACUAUCCCGAAGUUGCUACAGAACCAAGGCGCCGAUCCAAAGGUGGGAGAAAGCAGAGGAGGAGAUCUGGAAGGAAGCAGGAUACCUCAGAUGGCAUGCCCUCCUUCCAGUGGACCAGGGUGAAGAGUAGCCACAUCCCAAAAGGCUGGUUUAAGGGUGUCUCUGAGGAUAUUGCCCUGGAUUAUGAUUAUGCUGUUCUUGAGCUCAAGCGUCCCCACAAAAGGAAAUACAUGGAGCUGGGCAUCAGCCCAACAAUCAAAAUGAUGCCUAGAAGCAUGAUCCACUUCUCAGGGUUUGACAAUGAUCGAUCUGGGCAGCUGGUCUACAGAUUUUGUAGCAUUUCUGAUGAGUCCAAUGAUCUCUUUUAUCAAUACUGUGAUGCUGAGCCCGGCUCCACUGGAUCUGGUGUCUAUCUCCGUCUUAAGGAGCCAAACAAAAAGCAGUGGAAACGCAAGAUCAUCGCUGUGUACUCAGGCCAUCAGUGGGUGGAUGUCAAUGGUGAACAGCAGGAUUACAAUGUAGCAGUAAGAAUUACUCCUCUCAAAUACGCCCAGAUCUGCUUCUGGCUGCAUGGGAAUGAUGGGAAUUGCUCACAAGGCUGAGAAAACUGACCCUGAGUCACUUAGCACCCGUAUUACCAUAGAGUGGAAGUAACUGCAGCAGUUACUGGAAGAACAUCACGUCAGGAUGUUUUUUAACUCAAAGCUCACAAGCAAUGUUAUGGUGACUUGAGGAAUGUUGAAUUGCUGGGGAAUGGGUAGGUAGAAUUGUCAAACAAAGUGUUUCUAACCACGAUGAGCCCUAGAGAUGCACUUAAAAUACCAAACUAUAUUUGUGUUUGCAAUUGUGAUAAGUUCAAAUCAGUCACGUCAGAAAAAAAUUACUACAUCCGUUUCUAAUUUUUUUUUCUCCCCCAAGGGAAUGAUUGAAAUGUCUCAAAGUGGUAUUUUUAAACAGUAUCUAUUUUUCCAAUGGUUUUGCUUUUCUCAGGGUUCUGUUCUAACUCUUCAAAUACAAGUUGUGCAUCCGGCACAUUACUGUGUGUGUGCAGAAUGAUGCAGAGAACUGCAUGAGACCAAGACAUUAUUUUGGCAUUCUCUAAAGACUACAGCUCCAUGUUGAGAAGCUGCAGUCUAGUUCAUGCUUGUUAGUUUGGAAAACUUACUCCUCUGGUUGUUGCAAGAACAGUUCCAUGGAAAUCCCAAAUUUCUGCAGCUGAGGGUUAGACCUUAAAGAGAAGUUUCACUUUGUUGUUCAGUAAAACCAGCAAAAAGAAAUUAAUGAACAUGAAGUUUCCACAUUUGGAAUAAUAAUAAACAUCAGGACAUAAUUUAAUGUCUUUAAAACUUCUUUAAGAAGCUAGAGAAGUCUUAAACACAUGCAUUUGCAUUCCAGUUAUAUUUGGAGAGCUGUAGGUUUAGUUACUAGUCAAACAUUUAGUCUUACCAUUGGGAAAAGUCACUGGCUUCUGAAGUGGCUCCUUGACAAUCAUCAGAGCUUCACAGAUGAUAGGUUUUUUUGGGUGCUAACCAUUUUUGCAGUUUUUAUCAAUUACUUUUAUAUGAGCUCAGCUUCAUAGCUAGGAUAGUAUGGCUUAGACUGGGAGUUGGGAAGCAAUUUUUUGUUUGGCUUUAUAUGGUUUUGCAAAAUGAGUAUUUCUAAUCAUGUCAUAUUCAUGCUCCACCUCAACAAGAGUUACAAGGUUAAACUAAGAAAUUCGCCCAACUAAAUUAUACCACCUUCUGAAUGGUAGAACUGUCCUGGACAUUGUAACAGAUAUCGUGUUAGGUAGCAGCAGUAGUUAACAAAUAAUUUGGUUCAACGUAUUUGCUGAACCAUAUAUUUAAUGAAAACACAAAGUGAGCUUGACUUUUGCAAACCUUUAAACACAAAUCACCUUUUUAUAAAUUGUUGAUUGCUACACAAGUCUGCAUCUUCUAUUUUUUAUCAAGAUUUUGAAGCUCACUGAAUUGUUAUGGUGCUAUGUUAAUCUAAUAACAUAAAAUUAUUCUGUGUAUUUCUGACCAUAUCCUUUGGGUUUCAAUACUUUUAAGAUUAGUCAUCACCACAAUAUUUAAUUUUUUUGAUCUUAAGUUUAUGCUCACCAAAAUACAUUUUCUUCCUCUGCAGGAGAAAACAAUAUAACAAGAUUUUAAAAUGCUGUUUGCUGGUAUCUUUAAAAUAUGCUUGUAAUGUCUUUUUAUGAAAUUAGGUAUUUUUUAAUAAUCCACUUUUUUGUUGAUUAUUGAAGUGUAAAACCUGACACUUCAAAUGUGUGAGCAACUUUCUUUUUCAUAGUAUUGCCAAAUCACAAAAAUGUAAGACUUGCUUCCAUAGCAUAAUUAACAAUAUUUCAUUAGUUGGAAGAGAUACCACUUUAAAAGAAACUAUUCCUUUUAACAUCAGCCUUUCCAGGGAACACUUCAUUUUUCUUUCUUUUUUUAAAUUCAUUUUGUGUGAUUGUUUGCAGAAAACUGAUAAUAAUUUUUAAAAUGUAGAAAUUAAUGUCUAAGAUUUUAAGGUUAAUUAUUUUUUAUUGUUGUUAACACCUCUUUUAAAAUGUAUGGCUUUGCUGACAGUAAUUUUAAAUCACCUCAGUCCAAUACUUAAUACUCUUGCUUUAUGCUACGGGCCUACAAUAUUAUUUAGUCAGUUUUGUAAUGUUUUUCUUAAAUGCCUUUUUCCAUAGCUACUGGGACAAAUAAGGUAUCACAUCAUUAAUCCAACACAAAUCAAUCUAGGUCUGUUGAUUUUGUUACAAUUAUUCUCAUUGUUGAUUUGGGUCCAAAACAGAUCAAGAUAAGGCGGCUUUAUAAAUUCCUUGUUCUGGGGAGUCUUAUUUCAGUGUACCCCUUAGGAGCAUAAAUACAAUCUGUUUCUUUAUUAGUCUGGGAAUCAGGGACAAGGUAAGAAUGAAAAAAUGUCUGUCCAUCUUUCAGAUAAUCAUCUGCUAUAAAUACCUCAGCCACAACCUGCAGUUCUCAUACUGGGCUGAUAACAAAUGUUUAUCCUCAGAGGAUCAAUAUUAGACCCUCAGUGCCUCUUUUUAUGAUACUAAGAGAUUAAGGAGGCUGCCCAGAGCAGCAUAAAAAUUUAUCAGCACUAGUUAUAUUCAAGGCUCUGUGUCUGAGUGCACAUACAAAAUGUGCACAUGCAAAUAUACAGGCUUGUAGACCAUGUGCCAUUUUGACUGGGUCAGCACCUACAGACAAGGGAAUGCAGGCACAAGAAGACAUGGACAAAAUGUUAUUCCUGGUGUGUCUGUAUGCCAGGCAACAUUUCAGCCUGCCACUUGGCCUAGUAGAGAAGGAAAUGCUUUAUGUAGGCAUCGUGACUGCUUACUGCAGAGCCUUCUGAAAUAGGUCAUAGAUCGAGUACUUACACACCACCCAGGAGGUCAACACAGAGCUCUUGGCACCAGCCACUGCAAAUGGGACAAGAAUUUCUGAGCCAUGAUCAUCUCAGAUUUCCUUAAAAAAAAUGCAGUUAGUAUCUAUUUCUCAAAGAGAAAACACAAGGAGGGCAUGUUCUCAGUAGCUCAGAUCUGCUGUCAUUUAGGACACCAGCAUCAAGGCUGAGUUUCCAGCCCAGAAGGGGACUGAGCCCUUGUGAUCUUUCCCCAAAGCAGUUUUCUCUCUUUCAAGGAUUGGGCUGUACAUCACCAGUACUAAUGCUUUUUCAUACGAGUUGCUGUAGUAGAUCUUUUUCUUUCCUGGUUUUUGGAAAAAACAAACCCAGUCAAAUCCCUUUUCUGCCAGGGCACUACUGGCAAUUUGUUUAGUUAUCAAGUAAUACUUUUUUUCCUGAGCCAAAGAUAAACCUCAUACACUAACUCUUACCACACCCAGAGCGUCUUCAGCAAGGUAUUUGUGGAUGUGUUUAAUCUGGGGCUCUGAGACAUACAAUUUUCACAUUUGCAAUAGAAAAAAACUAAGCCUAAGUUUGCAGUAUCUUAACAAAAGGAAACCACAAUUAUUUCUGUUACAUGAGGUAGAGAAUACCCAAUGCUUUAAAAAUUACGUAAAGAAACUUCUUGACUCAGUUUAUAGGUUAUUUUGCAGAUUUGUGAGUCUUUAUGGAGUCCAAAUCAGCACAGAAUAUGGCUUAAAUAAGAAAACAAUUCAUCUACAUGUGGAGGAGAGAAGCAGUUGGGGAGUUCUUCCUGUUCUGCUGAUAAGGGGUGACCUGGCAGCAAACAGCAGUUAAUACAGAAAGAGGGAGCAAGAGAAGUAGGUGGUGUAGGAGACCAGAAGGACUGAGGUAGUGUCCAAGGGAGAAAGAAAGUGAGAAAAGUAGCAGAUUAAAUGGGUGCAGUGUAGCAGAGGAACCUAUUGUAAGAAAGAGCAGGCAGCUGGUAAAGGCCUAACAGUACAAAUUAGGAUGUAAAAAUGACAAGUUGCAUGAACAAUCUCCAUUUGCUGUUAAAGAUGAGGCUGUUCUUCCCAGCCAACAGGACCAAGGAAAGGGCUGUGAGAGGGCUCAGGUUCUGUCAGGGAUCACUAGCAGGGAGGGGGUUUUGACCCUGAUCUACAGUCCCUGUCCAAAGUUGCAGGUAUUGCACUUAUGAUCAUUUAGGGUCCUUGGAGAGCAACAGAUCCCUGUCCUGGCAAAAGGCUUAGUAGUGUGAACCUCACAGCACACCUGGUCACUGAGAGUGUAGUCAGGAAAGGGAGUUUCUUUCACUUGAAAGUUUCUCAAACCUGCCAUUUUGUUGGGAAAAAGCCAAAACAAAACAAAAACACCCACAACAAACAAAAAGUCUCAAACUUACAGUUAAAUGUUGGCUUCAUUUUUUGGGUGUACCUACAGAUUCUAGCCAGUAAUUUCUUUUUUUUUUUUUUUCCAAAUACCCUCUCUUUGUGGUUGGUAUCUUUGUAGAAAUUUAAUUAACUGCUUCUAAUUUAAAACCACAGAAUAUUGCAGAUCCUUCCAUCUACAAAUUCCAGGAUGAAAGAAUGAAUGGGGAAACAAAAUAAAGAAUAUUGCUAAAUAGAAAGCUAAAAAUUGCACACUAAUCUCAAAGGAUUUGGGACCAUAUCUGAGUCCCUGUUGCACCAGCCUUUUGCUCUGAGUCUGACCUAGCAUUUAGGUUAAAAACCUCCAGAGGUAGCUUUGAUGGUUUUUUAGUGUUCUUGACUUUUUUAAGACUAACAGCAAACUUUAAAAAAUGGGGUUUUGUAAUAUUCUUAAUUACACAAAACCACAACUCAUUUGGGAAACUAAAUGGAAACCUUUGCUAUGUUAAGAUAUUAUACAAUGCACUUGCUAUGUCAAUAAAUAUUUUCUACUGGUU